CGGCCACCCAAAACAUUUACAGUCCCUGCUUGUCUCUCAUCCGACUUGCUUUGUGCCAUCAUGAGCAUGAGGCACCGGCUUCCACCUACCAUGAAGCACCUCGUUGUCAGGCGCGCCACCCCUGACGCGCGGAACCUCGUGCUCCAGCUCAUACGCGAGCACCAGUCGGGUCUCACGAUCCAAGAGCUCUACAAACAGAGCAUGGACUACCAGCAGAAAAACCUCACCAACACAGUCGAGGAUGCGGACCAGGACUACGUUAUCCCCUCUAUGAGGUACCUGAAGAAGGUCGUCCUCCCCGAGCUGGCGGACGCGGGACAGGUCGAGAAGGUCCACCUGAAACGGACGCUCUCCGCCGAGGAGGCGGACAAGCUACACAUUGGCCUGGUCAAGUCCAAAAAAACAACACUUCUCGCUGGACAGCCGCAGUGGCUCUGGUUAUGGCAGCUCAAGGCGAAAGAGCCGGAACAACCACCAAAGCCAGAGAAGAAGCCGUUCGGGGCGGAGGUGGGCGUCGGGGAAGACUUCUCGCAUCUGAACAAGCGCAGGCAGAGGGCGAGGGUGGAGAAGGUCGUGCGGGACGUGCAGUGGAUGAGGGAGCUUGAGAAGGUGAAAAAGGAGGCGAGGGUGCGCGCUUCAUGACUCGGCUGAUGUUGUGCUAUACCUUACUACAUUCCUAUGUUAAUCGGUUCCUCC